AUGCUCUCCAGAUCAGUGCGUCAUUUCUCGUCCUCGAGUGCUUCGUUGAAAAAAUUGAAGAUCGGGCUUAUUCCUGGCGACGGUAUUGGUCGUGAAGUGAUCCCUGCUGGCCAGGCUGUAUUGGAGAAGUUGCCCAAGAGCCUUGAUUUACAAUUCGACUUUGUCACGUUGGAUGCCGGCUACGAGUUGUUUCAGAGGACGGGCACGGCGUUGCCUGAGAAGACGGUGGAGGUGUUGAAGCUGGAGUGUGACGGUGCUCUUUUCGGUGCUGUUUCGUCUCCCAGCGUGAAGGUGGCAGGCUACUCUUCGCCAAUUGUCGCAUUGAGAAAGAAAAUGGGCCUUUACGCCAACGUCAGACCGGUCAAGUCCGUUACUAGCUCAGACAAGCCCGUGGACAUGGUCAUUGUCCGUGAAAACACCGAGGACUUGUAUGUGAAGGAGGAAAGAACAUACAAUGCUGAAGACGGCUCGAGGGUCGCUGAGGCGAUCAAGAGGAUUUCUGAAAACGCCACAAGCAAGAUCGCUACUAUGGCCUACGAGAUUGCCUUGCUGAGGCAAAAGAUUAGAGAGACCUCCAACCUCAGCAGUCUUCACUCCAAGCCCUCUGUCACCGUGACCCACAAGUCCAACGUCUUGUCUGCAUCUGAUGGCUUGUUCCGUGAGGUGUGCAAGAACGUGUGGGAGUCGAACAAGGACAAGUUCGGUUCGGUUGAGUACAAGGAGCAAAUUGUCGACUCGAUGGUGUACCGUAUGUUCAGAGAGCCAGAGGUCUUCGACGUGGUUGUCGCUCCUAAUUUGUACGGUGACAUCUUGAGUGAUGGUGCUGCUGCCCUUGUGGGCUCUUUGGGUGUGGUGCCCUCCGCCAAUGUCGGUGACAACUUUGCCAUUGGUGAGCCGUGCCACGGUUCUGCCCCAGACAUUGAGGGCAAGGGCAUCUCCAACCCAAUUGCUACCAUCAGGUCCACUGCUUUGAUGUUGGAGUUUAUGGGCUACCAGGAGGCUGCUGCUAAGAUCUACGAAGCUGUUGAUGCCAACUUGGUCGAAGGUAAGGUGAAGACCCCAGACUUGGGCGGAAACUCCACCACCCAGCAGGUCAUUGACGACAUUGUUGGUCGUUUUUAA